CUGAGGUUGCGGGAGGUUAGCGGCGAGCGGAUGCAGGCGGCGCGGCACGUCGUGUGCGCCCUGUCCGGCGGGGUGGACAGCGCCGUGGCCGCGCUGCUGCUGAGGCGGAGAGGCUACCAAGUGACAGGGGUAUUCAUGAAGAACUGGGACUCGCUGGAUGAACACGGAGUUUGCACUGCAGACAGAGACUGUGAAGAUGCCUACAGGGUCUGCCAGAUUCUAGACAUCCCGUUCCAUCAGGUGUCCUAUGUGAAGGAGUACUGGAAUGACGUGUUCAGUGAUUUUUUAAGUGAAUAUGAAAAAGGAAGGACUCCCAAUCCUGACAUAGUCUGCAACAAGCACAUCAAAUUCAGUUGUUUUUUCCAUUAUGCCGUGGAUAAUCUUGGAGCAGAUGCUGUCGCCACAGGUCACUAUGCCAGAACCUCACUGGAAGAUGAGGAAGUCUUUCAGCAGAAGCACAUUAGGAGGCCAGAAGGGCUUUUCAGAAAUCGAUUUGAAGUUAGAAAUGCGGUAAAACUUCUUCAAGCAGCUGACAGCUUUAAAGACCAGACCUUCUUUCUCAGCCAGGUUUCCCAAGAUGCUCUGCGGAGAACCCUCUUCCCUCUGGGGGGGCUAACGAAAGAUUUUGUCAAGAAAAUAGCUGCUGAGAAUAGACUCCAUCACGUGCUUCAAAAGAAGGAGAGCAUGGGCAUCUGUUUCGUUGGUAAAAGAAAUUUUGAAAAUUUCAUUCUUCAGUAUCUACAGCCUCGACCUGGUAAAUUUAUUUCCAUUGAAGACAAUAAAGUUCUGGGAACACACAAAGGUUGGUUCCUGUAUACUUUGGGCCAGAGAGCCAAGAUAGGUGGUCUCCGCGAGCCCUGGUAUGUGGUGGAGAAGGACGGCACCAAGGGCGACGUGUUUGUGGCCCCCCGGACAGACCACCCGGCUCUCUACAGGGACCUGCUGCGGACCAACCGCGUGCACUGGAUCGCGGAGGAGCCGCCUGCCGCCCUGGUCCGGGACAAAAUGAUGGAGUGCCACUUCCGGUUCCGCCACCAGAUGGCGCUAGUGCCCUGUGUGCUGACUCUCAAUCAAGACGGCACGGUGUGGGUGACAGCUGUGAAGGCUGUGCGGGCCCUGGCCCUGGGACAGUUUGCCGUCUUUUACAAAGGGGAUGAGUGUCUGGGCAGUGGGAAGAUCCUGCGCUUGGGGCCGUCUGCCUACGUACUCCAGAAGGGCAAGAGCAAGUCCAGAGUGGCCACCGAGGGCCCCAGCGACAGCCCGAGCAAUGGCCCGGGCAGCGGCCCAGGGCUGGGCCCCGCGCUCUGACGGAGGCCGAGCUGCUGCUGAGCACCCGGGGGUCAGACGCAGAGUUGUGGAACCUGGACUGGAGGAGUUGGGGGAAGCUGGGCUGGCUUUGCCGCCCCAGUUCUGUCCGGGCUGGCCAAGGUUCCAGAAAGCCUCCAGAGCCAGGGAGAGCCCUAGAGAGGCCAACCCGGUCUUCUCCAAGUUGGUGCUCUGGCCAGAAGGACUUACUGGCUAGGGUUGGGCCCUAAGUGCCCCAUUUAUAGUGUUGCUCUUUCAUGCCUCAGGGAAGGUUUCCAACCUGCAUGCACACAGGGGGCCUGCAGAGGCGGCCUCGGGGACAGCAUCCAAUAAAACCGUUGUCUGGGA